UAUUAUUUUUAAAGCAAGCAAGAGCAGAAAAGAGAAGCGGAGGAGAAAUGGCCUCAGCCGCACUCUUUUCUUCUUCUUCUUCUACUCCUUCUUCUCUCUCCUCCCCUAGCUGCUAUUGCUUCCACCCCAAUUCUACCACCUCUCCCCAUUUCUCUUCCCGAAGAAACCCUAGUCCAAUUACCCUCCUUUGCUUUCAUCGAAACAGAGCUUUAUCUAGUAAACUCAACCAUGUCAAGUUCAAGCUCAAUUGUGUCACUGAGCGAGCCACAGACUCCGACACCCAACUCGAAUCUCCGCCGCCAUCGGCGUCUCCUCCUCCUCCUCCUCCCUCCGCCGCGGUGUUGGUUGGGCAAUUGUGGGAAUGGGCAGUGCUGGUGUCGCCUUUCUUCUUUUGGGGUACGGCUAUGGUGGCCAUGAAGGAAGUGUUGCCUAAGACUGGUCCCUUCUUUGUCUCUUCUUUCCGCCUUAUCCCCGCCGGCCUCUUAUUGGUUGCUUUCGCUUCCUCUCGUGGUCGUCCUCUCCCCUCUGGACUCACUGCUUGGCUCUCCAUCUCUCUCUUUGCACUUGUUGAUGCCACUUGUUUUCAGGGUUUUCUUGCUGAAGGAUUAGAGCGGACAUCUGCGGGUCUGGGCAGUGUGAUAAUUGAUUCACAGCCAUUGACAGUGGCUGUACUUGCUGCCCUGUUAUUUGGCGAAUCCAUCGGAUUUGUUGGAGCUGCAGGCCUUGUGCUUGGUGUCAUUGGUCUUCUACUUCUUGAGGUACCAGCAAUUUCUUUUGAUGGUAGCAACUUUUCAUUAUGGGGGAGUGGAGAAUGGUGGAUGCUCCUGGCAGCUCAAAGCAUGGCAGUUGGUACGGUUAUGGUUCGCUGGGUUACCAAGUAUUCUGACCCUAUUAUGGCCACUGGAUGGGUGAGUUAUUUAUAUUUUCCAUUUGUAUAUCCUCAUCCCAUUUUAAAUAAUCCGUAUGCCAACUACAUGGGGUUGGGGUUUUACUUUGUUGAAGAAAAGAAAAAAAAAAAAACUGCAUGGGGUUCAAUGCAUCUCCUAGAAAAGGAAUACCAUAAAAUAGUAGGUCGUCAUGUGAUUUUUGAUAAUUGCAUUUCAGGUAGCUUGACAAAGCUCAGCUCCCUAACCUUUUUAACUCCAAUGUUUGCUUCAAUUUUUGGGUUCCUCUAUCUUGGUGAGACCUUCACGCCUGUGCAACUCAUUGGAGCUCUUGUUACUCUUGCUGCAAUAUACAUGGUUAAUUACAAGACCAGUUUGGAAUGAGUAAACAACAAAAGCAAAAUGAUGGGAAAGCUACUGUUGGCUCUAAACUUUCUACCCCAGGAUUGCUUCCUGAUUGUGUGCAUAAUAAAUGACAUCAGCGCAGCGGGAUUUGAAAGGCACUUACCACAAGUCAAAUAAUACGUUACUAUAAGAUGGCUUUGGACAUUUUAGAAUCACAGUAUCAACUCUCAAGUAUGUGGUGUCAUCACUCACUGAUAGUCUUGAGUCCUGUGUAAUACAGAUGUACAGAUUUAAAGCCAAAUCUGUGUUCUUAAGCAGUUUUCCAUGGCAGAAUAAUUAUUUCUGGGGAAGGGACUCAGGAUAAUGAAAGCAUUUGUGCCAGAUGUGUAAUGUACUAAAUAAAAAAUGUGAAAUUUAUUUGUGAAAAUGCCAUCAGUUUAAAAUCUUUUC